UGCAGGAUGAGCUGCCGCAACGAUACGGCAUGCAGCCCCGGGGAGAAGUGCUGCACCCGUGGCUGCUGUGCCCGCUGCAUGCGUGCCGAGCCAGCCAAACCUGGCCUCUGCCCAUGGAAGCACGCCCGGAGGAGCGCCGCUGCCUGCCCCAACCGCUGCGCCGAUGACCGGGACUGCCCCGGGAGCCGCAAGUGCUGCUUCUCCGGCUGCGGGCUGGCCUGCGUCCCCCCGGACACAGGGAGCCGCCGUGCCGCAGCAAAGCCCGGCGUGUGCCCUGUGGUGCUGCGGGGCUCCGUGGGACCCUGCCUGGAGCUGUGUGACACCGAUGGUGACUGCCCCAGGCUUGCGAAAUGCUGCACCACCGGCUGUGGCCACGUCUGCAAACCACCCACUAAGGCACGGCCUGGGCUCUGUCCCGCCGUGGCUGAUGGUGACCGGGCGGCCGAGUGCCUCCUCCUUUGCCUGCAGGACAAGGAUUGUCCCCCCGGCCAGAAGUGCUGCCUGCAGGACUGCGGCCGGGCGUGCGUCCCCCCGCUGCGGGGCACGGCCUAGCCCUGGCUGGGAAGGGCUACGCUGGGAGCUGCGAUUUUGGGGCUGCCCCCCACCCUGCUGCUGUCGCACCCCUGUGGGUGAG